AUGUCGUACCUUCUCGAUCUGAUCAGUUCCUAUCGGAACAAUAGGAAAAUUCUGCUUCUCAUCGUCUAUAUCGCUUUAUUCCUUGAUAACAUGCUACUCACGACAGUCGGUAAGUUACAACUGAACAUUCUGAUAUUCUUUCGGUCAUUUCCAGUACCUAUCAUCCCUGAAUAUCUUUUACGUAUGGAACAUCCUAAUGAGACCGAUAUGCUAUUCAACGAGAAUAAUCAAAGACGUGUUAAGCGGCAGGUCUGAUUAGGUAACGAGUCUGAAUGUCAUGCAUGCUUGUGUUCCAGUGGGAGGACGACGACAGUUGGGAUGUCCCUCUAAAACUCGGAAGUGACGCAGACAUUGACUGGGAGGAAAACCCCAUCGGUCCGAUUGGUCGCGCCGAAAACCGGAGAAAAGAGUCUCGUAGAAAAAGUCAGAAGAAUAGAAACCAAGACUACGAUGACCGGUAUUUUGCAUCCCCUUUCUUUUAUUGCGGUUUCAUUGUAACUUGUAGGAAGAAAUACAUGUCGCCAGCAGCCCAGAAGCCUCCGAACAAAAACCGUGAGGAACCACCGCCGAGACCGCGUUUAGAUGAGGCCGAAAGGCACAAGCUACUAGCCUCGGAAAACGUGCAUGUUGGACUGAUGUUUGGCUCAAAGGCUUUAGUUCAGCUCCUGGUUAAUCCAUGGAUAGGACCGCUCACCAACAAGUACGGGAGAUCUUCAAUGUUGUUGAAUAAAAAAUAUUUUCAGAAUUGGAUAUACCCUUCCCAUGUUUGGAGGUUUCGUCAUUAUGUUCUCUUCUACCAUUCUUUUUGCUUUCGGAGACUCAUACUUUUCCCUCUGGCUUGCUAGAGCUCUCCAAGGCGUCGGUUCAGCUUGCACAAGUACUUCCGGUUAGUUAAACGAACUGAAACUGGUCUGAAAACGAAGUUAAAGUUAGCAAAAGAGAUUCGAUCAGGAUGAGAUUCGAACUCACGCGGGGAAACCCCAAUGGAUUAGCAGUCCAUCGCCUUAACCACUCGGCCACCUGAUCACAUUUUAACAUGGGGCGGCGGGCAGUUGUUAUACUCCGUUUUGCGGGCACUCUCUCGCCUAACUGGUCAUCGGGCCGCCGCUCGUCUCGCGCUCGCUUUUGAGGGGAGGCCACACAUUCAUACUUCGACGAGAACAUGAGCAGAAACGGCAUAGCAAGGCAAAAAAUUGUUUUCAGGAAUGGGAAUGUUGGCUCAAGCAUAUCCGGAUGAUUUGGAAAGAGGAAGUGCAAUGGGAAUUGCGUUGGGAGGACUUGCUCUUGGAGUGCUGGUUGGGCCUCCGUACGGAGGACUUCUGUAUCAAUGGAGUGGAAAGGAACUUCCAUUUGUUCUCUUAGCCCUUCUAGCUCUGUUUGACGGAAGUGAGCACAACACAAGGGAAAAUAAGAAUAAUGACAAUUGCAGCCCUUCAAUUCAUGGUUCUUCAACCGAAAGUUGAUCGUGGUGAGCCGGAAGGCUCCACUAUCAAACAACUUGCGAAAGAUCCUUACAUUAUUGUUGCUGCUGGUGAGUGAAAAAGAGACGGCUGUGCCAGCGGCAGUUUUUAUUUGAUAAGGAAUAUUAAAGUGAUUGACACUCUCAGGAGCGAUUACUAUUGGAAACCUGGGAAUUGCCAUGUUGGAACCGUCUCUGCCCCUCUGGAUGAUGGAAUCAUGGGGUGCCAACUCUUUGGAACGCGGUGCCGCCUUCCUUCCUGCUUCCAUUUCCUACCUCAUCGGAACCAACAUUUUCGGACCCCUUGCCCACCGUAUCGGAAGGUUGGACAACUAAAAAGAUUUGCAUUUGCUUAGAUCUUGGCGAUAAUUUUUAGAUGGCUCUCCUCGUUCAUCGGCCUCGUCGUCAUCGGAUUCAGUCUCCUCUCGAUUCCAUCGGCUACUUCUGUAACUGGACUCAUCAUCCCUCACGGUCUUCUCGGAUUUAGUAUCGGUUUGAUAUCAAAGGUUGAGGACUACUUUUACGGCAUUAGAUUUAUCUAGGUAUGAUUGAUGCGUCGAUGUUCCCGCUCAUGGGUUAUCUUGUUGAUAUCCGUCACGUUGGCGUCUACGGAUCCAUCUAUGCGAUUGCCGAUGCCGCCUUUUGCUUUGCAUUCGCCCUUGGACCGUUCUUUUCCGGACCGCUUGUCAAGAGUCUCGGAUUUCCAACGUACGAAGAGAACGGGAUACUGACUCUGAACACUUUUUUUCCAGAAUGAUGUACAUCAUCGCUAUCAUCAGCUUCUUGUACGCUCCACUCAUGUUCCUGCUCAAGAACCCACCAGUUCUAAUAGACCAGACUGCUCAGAGUCAGCCAAUCGAGUUGCGGACAAAUGGCGAAUCGAGAGUGACAAAUGAGAACUACGAGAGAAUCGAAGGCAUGAACAUUGCCGGACAGAUCCAGCAGAACAACAUGUACUCGGCAACCAAUGCCUUCUAA